AAGGACCACCCGGACUCAUCGGGGAAUAGGAUUGGUGUUACUCCGCCUGUGGAGACGGCUUCCUUCGCGGAGUUCCCGUUCCUUCCUUGCCUCCCUGGGUCCUUCUCCUCGUCCUCCUCCUUCCUUAGCAGCCAUGCAGCCCUUUAUGGUAAACAUCAAGCUGUCAGCUCGGACUCUCACCGGGGCGCUCAACCCACAGAACCGGGGGGCGGCGGACUGGGGCUGGCAAGGAUUGAUUGCAUAUGGAUGCCAUUCUCUUGUUCUAGUGAUUGAUUCCAAGACUGCUCAAACUCUGCAGGUUUUAGAAAGGCACAAGGCUAAUGUUGUCAAGGUUAAAUGGGCUAGGGAGAACUAUCACCACAAUAUUGGAUCACCUUAUUCAUUGCGCUUGGCUUCUGCUGAUGCUACUGGAAAGAUAAUUGUUUGGGAUGUAGCCACAGGAUCUGCUCGCUGUGAAAUCCAAGAGCACACAAAACCCAUUCAAGAUAUGCAAUGGCUAUGGAGUCAAGAUGCCUCUCAUGAUCUGCUACUUGCUGUUCACCCGCCCAAUUACAUUGUGUUGUGGAAUGCAGACACAGGCACCAAACUUUGGAAGAAAAGUUAUGCAGAAAAUAUUCUUUCUUUUUCAUUUGACCCCUUUGAUCCUUCAAAUUUAACAUUGCUUACCAGUGAGGGAAUAGUGUUCAUUUCAGACUUUUCUCCUUCCAAGGCUCCUGUCAGUUCAGGGAAAAAGGUUUACAUUUCCAGUCCACAUUCUAGUCCUGUUCAUAACAAACUGGCAGCUGCUACAGGAGCUAAAAAGGCUCUGGACAAAGUAAAAAUUCUCAUCACUAAUGAAAAACCAAGUGCUGAGUCAGUAACACUGAAUGAGUGCCUUCAGCUAUGCUACCUGCCUUCCAAACGAAACUACAUGUUGUUACUUUACCCAAGAGAAAUCUUGAUUCUUGACCUUGAAGUAAACCAGACAGUUGGUGUGAUAGCAAUCGAAAGGACAGGAGUGCCUUUUCUACAGGUAAUUCCUUGUUAUCAGCGUGAUGGAUUGUUCUGCCUUCAUGAAAAUGGCUGCAUAACCUUAAGAAUUCGCAGAUCUGCCAAUAGUGUUACACCAAAUGAAGAUCCAGAUCCUGAUCACAUUCAGGAGUUGGUGUAUGAUUUACGAAGUCAGUGUGAUGCCAUCAGAGUUACCAAGACUGUUCGCCCAUUCAGUAUGGUGUGCUGUCCAGUGAAUGAAAAUACUGCAGCUCUUAUAGUCAGUGAUGGUCGAGUAAUGAUAUGGGAACUGAAAUCCACCAUUUCAAGCCAAAGUUUCCGUGCUAGCAAUUCAAGCACAUCACCUUUGUAUUCACCCAUGUCAUUCUGUGGAAUUCCUGUGGCAGUAUCUCAGAAUAAGCUUCCAGACCUAUCGCUAGAUAAUAUGAUAGGGCAAGGCAUGCUUUCUACAGAAGAGCAGCUAAGAGGCUAUAGUACACAAGAAGUACAUUUGAAAUUCCUGCUAACAGGGCUGCUUUCCGGACUUCCUUUGCCCCCAUUUGCUAUCCGUAUGUGUCCGCCUCUUACAACAAAAAACAUAAAGCAGUAUCAGCCACUCCUUGCAAUUGGAACAAGCAAUGGCUCAGUCUUGGUGUAUAACCUUACCAGUGGAUUUCUACAUAAAGAGUUGAGCAUUCAUUCCUGUGAAGUCAAGGGCAUUGAGUGGACAAGCUUGAGUGGCUUCCUUUCAUUUGCCACAUCAACACCGAAUAAUCUGGGGCUAGUCAGAAAUGAGCUGCAGUUGGUUGAUCUUCCCACAGGUAGAAGCAUUGCAUUUCGUGGGGAACGAGGCAGUGAUGAACCAGCCAUUGAAAUGAUAAAAGUGUCCCACUUGAAGCAAUAUUUGGCUGUUGUAUUUAAAGACAAACCUUUGGAAUUAUGGGAUAUCAGGACAUGCACUCUUCUCAGGGAAAUGUCAAAGAACUUUCCUACAAUUACUGCUUUGGAAUGGUCGCCUUCUCAUAAUCUUAAGAGCUUAAGAAAGAAACAGCUUGCAGCCCGUGAAGCUAUGGCUCGGCAAACAGUGGUGUCAGAUACAGAACAGAGCAGUCUGGAAUCUUCAGUAAUCAGCUUAUUGCAGGAAGCUGAGAGUAAAUCUGAACUGAGUCAAAACAUUUCUGCUCGAGAGCAUUUUGUGUUUACAGACACUGAUGGACAAGUCUAUCACUUGACUGUUGAGGGAAAUUCUGUCAAAGACAGUGCAAGAAUUCCUCCUGAUGGAAGUAUGGGCAGUAUUACAUGUAUUGCAUGGAAAGGAGACAUUUUGGUUCUGGGAGAUGUUGAUGGAAAUUUGAACUUCUGGGAUUUAAAAGCCAGAGUAUCCAGAGGCAUUCCAACACACCGAGGAUGGGUAAGGAAGAUACGCUUUGCACCUGGGAAAGGAAACCAAAAGCUGAUAGCAAUGUACAAUGAUGGGGCUGAAGUCUGGGAUACCAAGGAGGUACAGAUGGUAAGCAGUUUAAGAAGUGGAAGAAAUGUCACUUUCCGAGUACUUGAUGUUGACUGGUGUACCUCAGAUAAAGUCAUCUUAGCAUCGGAUGAUGGAUGCAUCAGAGUGCUAGAAAUGACAAUGAAAUCAGCAUGUUUUAGAAUGGACGAACAAGAAUUGUCUGAACCUGCGUGGUGUCCAUAUCUUCUUGUUCCAAGAGCUUCCUUAGCUUUAAAAGCAUUCUUGCUGCACCAGCCUUGGAAUAAUAAAUAUUCUCUGGAUAUUUCAGAUGUAAAUUAUCCAGAAAAUAAAAAUGUUAAAGAUUUGCUGCAAGAACAGUUGAAUGCAUUGUCCAAUGAUAUUAAGAAACUUCUACUUGAUCCAGACUUCACCAUUUUACAGCGAUGCCUGUUGGUUUCAAGGAUAUAUGGGGAUGAAUCAGAGCUACAUUUCUGGACUGUUGCAGCCCAUUAUUUGCAUAUGUUUUCCCAGGGGAAAACUGGGAAAGAUGACACAUUUGCUUCUCCAGAAAAAUGGAUCAAUCCACUAGAUAUUUGUUACGAUACGCUCUGUGAAAACUCCUAUUUCCAGAAAUUCCAGCUUGAGAGGGUCAACCUCCAAGAAGUUAAAAGAUCAAAUUAUGAACACACAAGGAAAUGCACCGACCAGCUGUUACAUCUUGGCCAGACUGAUAGAGCUGUGCAGUUGCUUCUGGAGACAAGUGCUGAAAACCCCUAUUAUUAUUGUGAUUCCCUCAAGGCAUGUCUAGUCACAACAGUCACAUCCUCGGGUCCAUCCCAAAGCACCAUCAAAUUGGUAGCAACCAACAUGAUUGCAAAUGGAAAGCUGGCAGAGGGUGUCCAGUUACUGUGUUUGAUAGAUAAAGCUGCUGAUGCCUGUCGUUACCUGCAAACCUAUGGUGAAUGGAGUCGAGCAGCAUGGCUUGCAAAAGUUCGCCUUAAUGCAGAGGAGUGUGCUGAUGUUUUGAAGCGUUGGGUUGAUCACCUUUGUUCUCCACAAAUUAAUCAGAAAUCCAAGGCCAUCCUUGUCCUUCUCUCCCUUGGAUGUUUCGUGAGAGUUGCAGAGAUGUUACACAGCUUGAGAUAUUUUGAUAGGGCUGCCUUGUUUGUUGAAGCUUGCCUCAAGUAUGGUGCAAUUGAAGUUAAUGAAGAUACAAGAAAACUAAUCCAUGCAGCAUUUGCAGAUUAUGCCAGAAGCUUGAAGACUCUAGGGUUCAGCCAGGCUGCAACUUUGUUUGCCUCAAAAGCAGGACCAGCUGGUAAAGAUUUAUUGGAUGAACUUGAACAAGUGAAAGAAGAAGGUCUUGCAGAGUGACAGCUUUGCAUUAACUACUGGAGGAAAACUUUCCCAUCAGUUGGAGUCAUCAGUACAGUAGUUUGGUAAAGAUGAUGUCUUUUCUUUGUUUGCUUGUAAGAAUGUAAUUUAUAUUACAAUAGUUUUCAUUGCAGAAUAAAUUUUGAAUAUAAAUUGAAAAUGUCUUGCAUCAGCAGAGAUCUCUUUAAAAACUGAUUAGAUCAUUUUUUAGUGUUAAGACUUCCAUAUUCUUCUUUAAUCCAAAUCAGAAUUUUUGUUUUUACAAUUGUUUCCAUGGCUGAGAUCCUGUUGAGAUGAACUGCUUGGACAACAGACAUAGGCUGAACGGUUUGACUUCCAAACUCCCUGCGCAAGGCACCAUCCAGUACUCCUUGCAAAAGUGUAAAGUGGAUUUUUAUGAUGGGGAAUCUCUGUUGUGUACUGACAACACAGGUACAAAUGGAAAAUCUGUGUUACUGUGCUGGUGGUGCCUUACUUUUCAUCCUAAGGCCUCUUUAAAUAAAUGUGGAAAUCACAAAAGCAGGCCAAGAGCAAUGUUUUGCUGCCUUAAUCAGCUGUAUCAUGUUGUCUGAGAGAGGUAAUGUUACAGAAGCUGCACUGGGAAUAAUGCUCUAGACGGUUCAGUGCCCCACAUGAUGUAAGAUGUCAUCUAUUGAGAAAAGAGUCAGGGUUCUUAGAUUGUAUUUUUGCACUUUGUAAAUACUUUGGUCCUCCAUGCAGCAAUUCAGACUGCUUAGGAGUUGGCAUGGGACUUGAAUUAAUAUUUCAUGCUAAGUCACACUGAAGUAUUAGAAAACAGACAACUUCAUGUCAAAAAAUGAUACAUUGUUCAUGGAAAUCCAAAGUUUUCCUGGCUUCCCCCCCCCCCACUCAAGGGGUGUGUAAAGAUCUUGCAGGGUUGCUUCAAAUUUUUUGGUGCAAAGGAGCAUACUAGUCCCUGAACCUGUCCCCCUAUACAGUGGACCCUUGACUUACAGACGGCUUGACUUACAGACUUUUUGAGUUACAGACUUCUCUGG